UGUCGGUCGAUAGCCUCUGCCAAGUCUCCAACAACCAGAUGGUCAGGUUUUCGGAACAAAUAUUAAGAGUGCCUGUGACAUACUUUCGCUUUUGGACUUUUACAAGGCGACAUUCCAUCUUAACUCCACAUUUACUGUUUUUUCCCUUCUCGUCAAGGCCAGUAUGUAGGGGAUCUAGUUUCAGUCGAUGACGCGGCACGCAACCAUUGGUUGAUGCAUGCAACGUUUUGAGCAGGGUAACGCGAGCAAUGACUUCAGUAAAUGGGAAACAACAGCUCUUACUAUUAGUUUUACGUCAGCGCAGGUACAGGAAUGGUUUACAGUAGACUGUAAGCCUACUGGACAAUUGUCCAUUGUUUGUAUUUAAAUGGUAUCAUCAUUGUUUUCGAAAUCGAUUUUUUGUGCGGCUUAAACCUAUCCAUAUAAUUUUACUGAUUAAAUGAGACAAAUUGCAGUCAUGGAUAAAGACAUUUUGGGAGAAAAAAAUACCUUAAUUUACAAGCCAAAGUGUUUGACCACCAGAGAGUGCUAUUCACUUGAAUUUGAAACUUGGAAGUGGGGCAUUGUGUAAGCUAGAUAUUGGCAUCUCUGAAGACAACUGUAGACUUAUCUGUUUCUAUGUGUUAGUGUUUCGUUGGUUAGUUUGGUUUUGAGAAAGCGAUAGAGGGGUUAUAUGGGAUUAAGGGGACAAAUAUGGUAUGAAGAGGACUAGAAUUUUAUGGGGGGGAGGAGCUAUGUAUUCAGGGGAGGUGGAGUGCUAGAGCUUUUGAAAAAUAAGAAAAGAGGAGAUAGUUUGCGGAGGAGAAAUGUGACAAGUAAAAGCAAAAUGUGCAAUUGGAUUGUUAGAAUUUAGAAUUUUUUUGGAAUAGCAAUCAAUUUCCACAAUCCAGGCAAUAGAAACAUGGUUUUCUAACAGCAGCUGGUAUUGAUCUCUCUAUUUCUGUUCAACAGGAUGCUGUUACUUCUUUUACAGCUAGCUUGGCUGAGCUCUGUUUCCUGACUCCCCCCCCACCACCACCACCACCAAGAUAAUUAUUGUGUGUGUCUUACAGAGAGGGAGAUAGAGUGAGAGACAGCUCAUGGAAUGCUGUGAUGUCAUCAGCUCAGUCCUACACAAAGGCAAGGAGGAGGACACACAAGCGCACUCACUCUCCCGAGUAGUUACUCUGCCGUGGAGCGUCUGCACCCCACUAUUCACCCAGCCAUGGCUGCCUGAUGAGGACUGAGGACGACUGACGUGUGUGGAGGGAGGAGGGAGUGUCAGGGCAGAGGACGUCAGAGGCAGCUGUCUACAGCUUGUGAAUGUGACAUUGGAGCCUCGAUCUUCUUCUUUUCCUCAUGAAGCUUGUUUAGAAGCCAACACGUCUUCAGGAAACUGUCGAUCCAAGGAGUCAGGACAGUACCUAUCCACGCCCUGCUAGACUGGGCAACCUUCUGGAACAGCCCCUACCGCCUUACCCCUCCACCUCCAGCCCGCCGCCACCAUGCUGCAGCAGAUACUAAAGGACAUGUACAUCGAUCCUGAUGUGCUGGAGGCCCUGAACGAGGACCAGAAGAAGACCUUGUUCCUGAAGAUGAGACAGGAGCAGGUGCGGCGUUGGAAGGAACGUGAGGAGAAAGAAGACCAUAGACCAAAGCUGAGUACAGCCAACCGUAAGAAUGUGAGCUGGUUGCUGGGCAGGGACGGUGAUGUGGCGGUCAUGGUGAUUGGAGAGGUGGACGAGCUGAAGACUUCUAAACUCAUCUGUUCUGGGCCUGUGGAGAGGAAAGCACCACCGAGCCUGCACAAUAGCACACGCCACCAGACAACCCCCCCGAAGAGCAACCUGGUAAACAGACCUGUCUCAGAAUCUGUCAGAACUGGGAGAGAGAGCCUGCUUCCCAAAACACAGCCAGGGAUACAGCUCAAUUUAAAGGAGAACACUGAGGAAGUGAGGACAUUGCCCCCUCUACAGGUGUCAGUGGGUGAGCAGCAGCCACCUGCAGCACUUGAAAAACAAGCUGAGUUGAAGCAGGAUUUAGAGGUCGAUGCUCCAGAGGAGAAGCCAGCCCUCUCGUCCUACAGACCUCACUCAAGAGCUGGCACUGCCAACCCGAGGCUGGAUACCGCGCUCUCCCCUGUCCCGAAGAACUUCACCAUCACACCAUCCCCUGUCCUCAGCUCCACACCAUCCCCUGUCCCUACCGUCACACCGUCCCCUCUCCCCAGCACCGUAACAGUGUCUCCGGUCCCUGGCAUUGUCACACCGUCUCCUGUCCCCCGCAGCAAUGCCAUCCGAGACGCUCUAGAGAAGAGCACUGCCAAAGCGUGCGCUUCAGAGAAGACCAUCGCGUCCUCUCCCGUCCCUAGCUCUGUCAAAACGUCCCCUGUUCCCAGUGUGACCCCGUCCCCUGUCCCCAGCUCCACUCCGUCCCCUGUCCCCAGUGUCUCACCGUCCCCUGUCCCAAGCUCCACUCCGUCCCCUGUCCCUAGCAUCUAUUCAUCGUCCCCUUUCCACAGGACCAUCACUCCAUCCCCUGUGGCUAGCAGCACGGCCAUAAGAGACGCUCUAGAGAAGAGCACCACCAAACCACAUGGUCCGGAGAAGACAGCCGUCGUCCCGCUGUCCGUCACAACCAGACUCCACCCCGAGGAGCCGGCUGAGCCCCACCCCCAGGAGACACCCAGCAGCCGAGAUAUCCGCGUGAUGGCAGCCUAUCGCAGGGCCAUGUCUGAGGAUGUGGUGUCUGAGGGGGGCGGAGACACCUGUUCACGGAGUGGUCGGGUGGCUCAGCUCAUGAAGAACUUCUGUGUGAAGAGCCCCACGCCCCCUGCACAGAUCCCUCCUCCCCGCGGCAGCAAACCCCCCAUCCCCACCAAACCCAACCACCUGCACCUGGUUGCCAGCCCCUCACUCAGGUAAUCCACAGGACCUGACCACCAGGGCCACCCGCUGUCCUCCACCCCACCCAGGCCCCACUGAACACUGCUGGGCAGCCAGCCUGGGGGUCUCGGCAACUGGGGACAAGGACAAACGGAGGCAGGCCCCAAGGCUCUCAGGAACACAGCCAAACGUUUGACUCCAUUGCUGUUACUCCAAAAGCAAAGCAAUGAGAGUGGAGCUUUUGCCAUUUUGACCUGUAUGCCAUGUUUUAAUACUUAGUUUUAUUUAGUAUUGUAAAUUGUACAGUAAAUUCUCUCUGUGGGGAAAAGGUGUUGAUUGUAGAACAGCGUCUUCCUUUGUUUCCUGCUUUUGCCUUUUUAAUAUUCAAUGUUUUAAUGACCGUAUCAUACCAUGUCUUCUUCACCUGUCGAUAUACUUAAAAAAAAAAGAAAAAUCUUGUCAUGUACAAAUACCACUUUAUUGUUACAUUUGGCGCACAAUACGUUCACAAAGCUUUGUGCGAUGUUAUCAAGGUCAUAAACCUGUUCUUGAGAUUGCAACAAAUCAUGACAAAUGUCAACUUGAAUGACGCAGUACAUUCCGUGUGCUAACAAAUGACAGAGCCAAAUUGAUCGUACACGCCUGUCAUGACCAAGGAGAUGGGUAGAGUACAGUAUGGCUGGACAGACGGGUAAAACCGGAUGAGUGAGGGGAGGUGGUUCCUCCUUAAUGUACGGCGCUCCUCACCGGGAGUAGCACCGUCAGCUUGUUUACUGUCACAUCUCCCCUGACUGCCACCUGGCCGAACAAGCACCUUGCGCUAUCUACCUGAGAUUGACCAAUGACAGUGCCAAACGCCUCUGCUCUGUGUCCCAGUGGACCGAACACUGGCAAGCCACACGGUCCGUGCCAAAUAAUACUUGUUAGCUGUGGUUAACCUGUCUGUUAUUUUUCUGAAUCUCACUUUUGAUUGGUUGCACUCUUUUUUUUUUCUCUCUUUUUUUUUACUAUGUUAAUUCGGAGAGCGAGAGUGAUGGUCUGGGUGUAACGAGUGUGUGUUGCCCCACACAAGGUGUGUGUCUUACUAUGUGUGUGAUGUCAGGCCUGUGUGGCGCAACCACAGUGGAACAAUAAAAUCAUUUGACCCCUCCAA